UAUUACCAAGGCGCACAAGCAUGACAAGAAGCUGCACAGACCAUUGUGUCUUUUGACCCCAUCCAUUGAAACUCAUACUCCUUCCAGAUCGGCACCGCCAAGGUCCAGGGAACCUUUGGAUCCUUCGCAGUCCUCCUCUCCAUUCCUGUUCCAGCUGAAGAAUGCAUGCCACUGAUGCUGGGGAGACUUGGGUCAACCUCCAGAGCCACACGAGCUGUUUGCUUUAACUGAGGAGAGGUCUUCUUGCCCUCUGGUGCUGUCUCCUCUUCAGAGAGUGCGCUUCCCAAGGUUGGAUUUGCCUUCUUUGGGCCAUGUUCCCACUCACUCCCCAAAGCCUUUUAUAGUUUCUUCAGUUCUGAUGGCACCACCAUUUGAACUGGCUUCUGAUUUCUUGGAUUCAGAAGGUUUGUUCAGGGACCGAGGCCUUCCUCUCUCGUACCCCUGGUGUGAGCACUCCAAGGCCCCAUCAGGUUCAUGGUAGUAGCCGCCAUUUACCCAGCAUUGGUGUCUUUGGUACCUUGCUCUGUGGGGCCCUCCUCAACAUCCACAGUCUGCUCUACCUGAGGAAUACCCUCUCCCCUCUCCGACCAUUGUCCAGCAGGCACUCAGACUCGCUGUUAGGUAAUGCUGAGUCCAACUCUGAUGGUACCACUAGAUCUGGAGCAGUUCUCCUCUACAUCCCUGGAUGCUGCAGUGUCUUCUACUCCUCCCUCAUCCUCGGAUGACUUGCAACAAUUUCAGGAGCUGCUUCGUAGGGUGGCUGGUGCCCUUAGCAUCCCACUGGAGGAAGUGCAAGAUAAGCAGUACAAACUGCUCAACAUCUUACAUCCUCAGUACCAGCAAAGGUGACCCUACCAAUCAAUGAGGCCAUCUGAGUUUCUCUUCUCCCAUCCUCCACCCAGUUCUCUUGGGAUUCAGACAGCUACCAAACGGACCCACCAAUAGCACCCGUGAUCCAUCCUGGCAGAUAAGGAGGGCAAGCACCUGGACCUUUUGGGCCAAAGGGUCUUUUCCUCUAUCAACCUACAAUUUUGCAUUUUGAACUACUUGACUCUGUUUGUGAAAUACAACUUUCUUACCUAUGGCAAACCUAUGGAUUUCACUGAUAAACUGCCCCUGCAGGGGCAGGCCCAAUUCCAAGCUAUCCUAGAGAAAGCGAAACUGGUGGCGAGGACGACGCUGCCGGCCACGGUUGAUGGAGCAGACAUUUCUCACAUACAAUGGCUACGGGGAUUGUCAUGCACAGAGAGUCCUGGUUACAUUCUUCUGACUUCCCGACGGAGAUCCAGACCACCAUAGAAGAUCUUCCUUUGACAAGUCUCACCUCUUCGAUCAGAAGACUGAUGACUCUCUUCACUCCCUCAAGGACUCUAGAGCCACCCUUUGGUCUCUGGGCAUCUACACACCAGUGCCCAAGCUCAAAUUCUACUGUCCACCUCUAGCCCAGCGGUUCAAAGCUCCACAACUUUUCCAACAGUCCUAUGAGCCUUCUCGCAAUCGGCAGAGGAACCAGCAAUCCUAUCCUUCCAGUUAAUCAUCAUCACAAGCUCCUGCCCUCAAACAUCCCAGAAGUGCUAUUUCUGAGAACACUCAGAGAGCCGCCAAUCACUGUACCGCAUGGCAUGCUCCCAAUCCACCCCCUUUGGCGGGUGCCUAGCUCUCUUCUUGCCAGUUUGAAGUGCAAUAACAGUGGUCACGUGAAUCCUGUAUGUCAUUCGACAUGGCUAUACAAUUAAGUUCCAAACACUACCUCAUCCACAUCCCCGACGCCUGCUUCAGGAAUUGUUCUCACAACAGUAUCCUCGCCCUAGAAGUGGACUUCCUUCUUCAGAUGGGCAUAAUAGAACCUGUUCCCACAGCCCAUCAUGGGGAGGGUUCUAUUCCACUUAUUUCCUAGUCCCCAAGAAGACAGGCGGGUGGCGACCGAUCCUAGACCUAUGUCAUCUCAACCAUUUAAUAUGAAAGCCAAAGUUUUGUAUGGUCACUCUGGCGGCCAUCAUUCCUUCCCCAGAAAGAAAUAUAUGGUUUACGGCUCUUACUUUUAUGUGGCCAUCCAUCCUGCCCACAGACGAUUCCUGAGAUUCAUGGCAGAUCAUCAUCAAUUUCAAUACAAAGUUCUCCUGUUCAGACUCUCCACUGCUCCUCAUGUAUUCAGCAAAGUUUUCUCAGUUGUGGUGGCCCACUUCUGCUGUUGAAGGAUCCUUCUGUUCCCUUGUCUAGAUGAUAGGCUGCUGGCAACAUGAUCAAGAAGGGAAGCUUGAGCUUCGAUUUCCAUGCUGCUCACACUCCUCUCCUCCCUGGGGGUGAGCAUAAACAUUGAAAAAUCAACUUUGAACCCCAGGUAAUUGCUAGAGUUCAUUGGGGCACGCAUUGACAUGGUUUUGGCUUGUGCAGAAGUGCUGGAGGACAGGUUCCACACCCUUCAGGACCUAAUUUUCAGGGUGUUGUCCAAUCCUUUUUUCGCAGCCAGAACCUGCCUUUCUCUUCUUUGCAACUUGCACUUGUGUGACUGCAUUCGCUCAUCUGCGGUUUCACUGCCUUCACCUAUGGCUCCAGAGGGUCUAUUCCUCUACACACCUGUCAUGGACUCACAGGACUCGUGCUCUCUCUUGGCUCUGUAUGGUCCAUGGGAGGAACUCCCUUCUGUGUGACAGCCCUUUUUGGUGGUCCACUCUCUCUCAGUGGUUAAGCUGUAGGCCCCUCUGGCUCCUGGAACCCCACGUCUCUGAGCCCUCAGCAUGCCUGUCUCUCGCCGCAGGCCCACUCAGGGAAUCCUCUUGCUCUGGACCCCCAGGACCUCCACUCCCAGGGGGAAUAAUGCAACCCUGAUCUCUAGACUGAAGUGACUCUCAGCCAGCAUAAAACAGAAAGGUUUACUGAGCAUCUGAACCUAGCACAGGAAACUCUCCAGGCCCUCAGUCCUAGCAUCUCUCAGCACCAUACAUCUAGGUCUCUCCUGCAUCCAGGUAGGCUCUGGCUGCUCCCUCUCUCCAGUCCAGCAGCCCCCUCCUUCCAGCCAAUUAUCUGAUAUCAUCUCCCCCAACAGCUCCUCCCUCAUCCUUUGUUUUCCACCCUAGGUAAACAGGUCACUGGGGUUCUCCCACUGGCCUGACUGCUAAGUUGGGGUGGACCUCUGUCACCAGGUCACCAGUUGUUAGGAUACCCCAUCUCCAGGCCACUGGCCAGGGGUCCCCACUGCUAGGCGAGGUCACACCUAGUCCUCUGCACCUACAAACCGUCUCUCACCACCUUGUUAAACAUGCAGCACACAGGGAAACUGAGGCAUGCACACACUGGUCAUGUAAAACACUACAAAAAUCCCCAACUUCGUCACAGCACCUUUCUAUGGACCAUGUCCCUGUGGGGGCCUCUUCCUUCUCCAGUGGUGACGGAUCUGGCUCAGAUGUGCACUGGAUUCUGUUCCUCCCAUCCUCCCCUUCCAUAGCAGAUAUCACGGGUGGAUUGCUUAUUAGAUGGGGGGCCCACAUGAGCAAGUGCAUGACUCAAGGCACUUGGACUGCUCGGGAGUCCUGGAUGCACAUCAACAUCCUGGAACUUAGAGCAGUGAGGAGAGCAUGUUGGGCGUUUCUCCCAUCCAUCCAUUCCUGUCAUGUCCUCCUCAUGUCAGAAAAUACCACUGUCUACUGCAUAAACAAGCAAGGGGGCACGAGGUCUCCCAUACUCUGGGCGGAGGCCUUUGGGAUUGGUGCAUCAUCUGCAAGAUCCUGUUCUCGGUGGUGUACCUUCCCAGAAUUCAAAACAGAGUCAUGGACUUUCUCAGCAGAAAGUUCAUGAAUGGGAGCUUCACAACACUAUAGUCACCAGCAUUUUCAACUGCUGAGGAACUCCAAUCAGGGGCUUCUUUGCCUCCCAGGCCAACAGCAAGUUCACCUAAUACUGCUCCAGAGGCUGUCUUGGUGUCCUGUCCCGGGGCGAUGCUCUAGUUUCUUUGCUGGUCUGAUCAGUUCAAUUACGCCUUUCCUUCCCUACUGCUCCUACCGUGAGUCCUGCACAAGGUCAGGUGGGAGAGAGUGACAGUCAUUCUGAUUGUCCCCUUCUGGCCUCGACAGUUCUGGUUUCUCCUGCUUCUCUGCAUGUCAGUGUGCUCCCCACUACAACCUCUUCCGGAACUAGUCAUGCAACAGGGCAGAUGGAUAUGGCACCCCAAUCUCUAGACUCUUCACAUCAGAGCUUUUGGAUGAGCAUCUUUAUUAAAGUGGGAAUGCUUAUUGGCAGUGCAGGGCAGUCUCUUGAGCAGCUGGAAGGAGUCCAUGAGAUGCUCCUGUGGGGCUAAGUGGAAACAUUUCACUUCUUGGUCCCAAAGCAGGAGCCUUGUCCCUGAAAAUGUGUACAUCUCUCUUAUUCUGGACUAUUUCCUCUCUCUGAAGGUAUCCAGCCUCGCUCUCAGCUCCGUCAAGUGCUGCUAUCAAUGCCUUCCACUCUCCAUUUGAGGGGCACACUGUCUACGCAUCCAUUGACUUCCAGGUUUUGGAAAGGUCUCCUAUGAACCUAUCCUCCUGUUCAGUCCAUUGCUUCCCAGUGAGACCUCAACCUUGUCCUAAUGACAUUGACAAAGUCACCCUUUGAACCUAUGGCCUCAUGCUCUCUCUCUUCACUCCAAGAAGGUUGCCUUCCUGUUGGGUAUCACUUCUGCAAGAUGGGUGGGCAAACUGGGGGUCAUGAUGGCUGAUUGUUCCUUUUCCAUUUUUCACAAAGACAAGAUUUCCCUACACUUGCACCCCAAGUUCCUGCCUAAGGUUGUCCCUUGUUUCCAUAUCAACCAACCUAUACACUUACCCACCUGUAGCGAGGCGGCGGGAUACCCCACAGCCCGGCUGAGGGACGAACCUCCCCUACCACCACCGUAGGUGGAGCCACUGGGUCGUGCGCCUGCCCCUAAGAGGUCACAGCGCAGACCUGGAAGUAUAAAAGCUUGCCUGCAGAGCUCAGUCGAGGCCCAGCCACCAUAGGGGCCAGCCAUCUGCGGCUGCUGCCAGCCGGAGCUCACACCCUGCCAGCCGAGCCUGCCCCGCGCUCGCUACCCCGAGGAGGACUGGCCGAUCCUGCCCCGCGCAUGCUACCCGAAUGAAGACUGGCCGAGCCUGCCCCGCGCCAGCUACCCCAAGGAGGACUGGCCGGGACCACCUCACUCCAGCUACCCCGAGGAAGAGCUGAGCCUGCCUGUUGCCCACUACCCCGAGGAACCGCUGAGCCUACUGUCAGCUACUUAUCCGGAGGAGCUGAUGGUGUUUGAGACCGCCGGUGACGCUACGCCGACUCAGCAAGGAGCAAGGACCAACCCCCAUGGAGAAAAAGAAGAAAGGGAAAAGGAAAAACGAGAUCCCAGUGGAGAGUUUGGAAUUGGAUCAAGGCCUCCUGAGCCCAUCUCUGCAGAGCCCUGAGGAGUCUGCUGAGUCAGCCGACAGCCAGAAGCGCCGUUCGGGCCGCCAGGUGAAGCGGAGGAAGUACAACGAGGACCUGGAUUUCAAAGUGGUGGAUGACGAUGGCGAGACGAUAGCAGUGCUGGGAGCUGGGCGAGCCUCCGCACUCUCCGCGUCCACGCUGGCAUGGCAGGCAGAGGAGCCCCCUGAGGAUGAUGCCAACAUCAUUGAGAAGAUCCUCUCCUCCAGACUGGUGCAGAAGGAGGUUCACCCAGGCGGCCUGGCCUAUGAGAUGGAGGAAUUCUACGUCAAGUACAGGAACUUCUCCUACCUGCACUGCAAGUGGGCGACGCUGGAAGAGCUGGAGAAGGACCCCAGGAUCUCUCAGAAGAUAAAGCGCUUUCGGAACAAGCAGGCCCAGAUGAAGCACAUCUUCACGGAGCCUGAUGAGGAUUUGUUCAACCCAGACUAUGUGGAGGUGGAUCGGAUCCUGGAGGUGGCUCACACAAAGGACUCUGACACCGGGGAGGAGGUGACCCACUACCUGGUCAAGUGGUGCUCGCUGCCGUACGAGGAGAGCACCUGGGAGCUGGAAGAAGAUGUUGACCCCGGAAAAAUCAAAGAGUUCGAGUCCUUGCAGAUCCCACCAGAGAUCAAACAUGUGGAGCGCCCCGCUUCCGAGUUCUGGCAGAAACUGGAGAAAUCACGGGACUAUAAGAAUAGCAAUCAGCUGCGGGAGUACCAGCUGGAGGGGAUGAACUGGCUGCUCUUUAACUGGUACAACAGGAAGAACUGCAUCCUAGCGGAUGAGAUGGGCUUGGGGAAGACGAUCCAGUCGAUCACCUUCCUUUCUGAGAUCUUCCUGAUGGACAUUCAUGGUCCCUUCCUCAUCAUCGCACCACUCUCCACGAUCACCAACUGGGAGCGGGAGUUCCGCACCUGGACGGAGAUGAAUGCCAUCGUGUACCACGGCAGCCAGAUCAGCAGGCAGAUGAUCCAGCAGUACGAGAUGGUGUACAGGGAUGCACAGGGUAACCCUCUUCCAGGGAUCUUCAAAUUCCAUGUGGUGAUCACCACCUUCGAGAUGAUCCUGGCCGACUGCCCCGAGCUGAAGAAGAUACAGUGGCGCUGCGUAGUCAUUGAUGAGGCCCAUCGGCUGAAGAACAGGAACUGCAAGCUGCUGGAGGGACUGAAGCUCAUGGCUCUGGAACACAAGGUGCUGCUGACCGGGACGCCCCUGCAGAACUCAGUGGAGGAGCUCUUCAGCCUACUGAACUUCCUGGAGCCCCAGCAGUUCCCCUCGGAGACAGCAUUCCUGGAGGAGUUCGGGGAUCUGAAGACAGAGGAGCAGGUGAAGAAGCUGCAGUCAAUCCUGAAGCCUAUGAUGCUGCGGCGGCUGAAGGAUGAUGUGGAGAAGAACCUGGCGCCGAAGCAGGAGACCAUCAUCGAGGUGGAGCUAACCAACAUCCAGAAGAAAUACUACCGGGCCAUCCUAGAGAAGAACUUCUCCUUCCUGUCCAAGGGCGCCAACCAGCACAACAUGCCCAACCUCAUCAACACCAUGAUGGAGCUGCGCAAGUGCUGCAACCACCCCUAUCUCAUCAAUGGGGCGGAGGAGAAAAUCCUGGAAGAUUUCCGUAAGUCGCACAGCCCAGAGGCGCUGGACUUCCAGCUGCAGGCCAUGAUCCAGGCCGCUGGCAAGCUGGUGCUGAUUGACAAGCUGCUGCCCAAGCUGAUCGCCGGUGGGCACAAGGUGCUGAUCUUCUCCCAGAUGGUGCGCUGCCUGGACAUCCUGGAGGACUAUCUCAUCCAGAGGCGAUACACCUAUGAGCGCAUUGACGGGCGGGUGCGUGGGAACCUGCGCCAGGCUGCCAUCGAUCGCUUCUGCAAACCAGACUCAGACCGCUUCGUCUUCCUCUUGUGCACCAGGGCAGGAGGCCUGGGCAUUAACCUCACAGCUGCCGACACCUGCAUCAUCUUCGAUUCGGACUGGAACCCACAGAACGACCUCCAGGCGCAGGCACGCUGCCAUCGGAUUGGGCAGAGCAAGGCCGUGAAGGUCUAUCGUCUCAUCACCAGGAACUCCUACGAGCGUGAGAUGUUCGACAAGGCCAGCCUCAAGCUGGGCCUGGACAAGGCCGUGCUGCAGGACAUCAACCGCAAGGGCAGCACCAAUGGGGUGCAGCAGCUCUCAAAGAUGGAGGUCGAGGACUUGCUACGGAAAGGAGCAUACGGGGCUUUAAUGGACGAGGAAGAUGAAGGUUCCAAGUUCUGCGAGGAAGAUAUCGAUCAGAUCCUGCAGCGCAGAACCCAAACGAUCACUAUCCAGUCAGAGGGGAAGGGCUCCACCUUUGCUAAGGCCAGCUUUGUCGCUUCAGGGAACAGAACUGACAUUUCCUUGGAUGACCCCAACUUCUGGCAGAAGUGGGCUAAGAUAGCAGAGCUGGACACGGAUGCGAAGAAUGAAAAGGAGAGCUUAGUGAUCGACAGGCCCCGUGUCCGCAAGCAGACCAAGCACUACAACUCCUUCGAGGAGGAUGAGCUGAUGGAGUUCUCGGAGCUGGACAGUGACUCCGACGAGCGGCCCACGCGCUCGCGGCGCCUCAAUGAGAAGACGCGGCGCUACCUGCGGGCUGAGUGCUUCCGUGUGGAGAAGAACCUGCUCAUAUUCGGCUGGGGGCGCUGGAAGGAUAUCCUGACCCACGGACGGUUCAAGUGGCACUUGAACGAGAAGGACAUGGAGAUGAUUUGCCGGGCCCUCCUGGUCUAUUGCGUCAAACACUACAAGGGAGAUGAGAAGAUUAAGAGUUUUAUCUGGGAUCUGAUCACUCCGACGAAGGACGGCCAGAACCAGGCCCUGCAAAAUCACUCAGGGCUGUCAGCUCCAGUGCCCAGGGGCAGGAAGGGGAAGAAGACGAAGAACCAGAUGCUGCUCCCUGAGAUAAAGAAUGCGGACUGGCUGGCCAGCUGCAACCCUGAGAUAGUCCUGCAUGAUGACAGCUACAAAAAGCACCUGAAACAGCACUGCAACAAGGUGCUGCUGCGGGUGCGAAUGCUCUACUACCUGAAAGCUGAAGUGCUGGGAGAGGUGGCUGACAAAGCCUUCGAAGGGAUCCCGGCCAGGGAGCUGAACGUGCUGCUGCCGGACAUCGACUACGUGGAGAUCCCAGUGGACUGGUGGAAUGCAGAGGCCGAUAAAUCGCUGCUUAUUGGAGUUUUCAAACACGGUUACGAGAGGUACAACGCCAUGCGAGCAGACCCAGCACUGUGCUUCCUGGAGAAGGUGGGCAUGCCAGACGAGAAGCUGCUAUCUGCGGAGCAGGGCGUCAGCGAUGGGGCACAGGAUGCUGCAGAAAGAGGAAACGUUGAGAAAGAAGAGAACAGUGGAGACAGAGUGGAGGGGCUGCCACAGCAGGAGGACUCUGGGAAUUUGUGUGGAGAAGCUGCUGAGAAGCAGGAUGACAAUGUGGCAGCCCAGGAUGGCUCCGACUCAGACAGAUCCUGCUGGCCUGUCUCGUCCGCCCUCACAGCCAGACUGCGGCGGCUCGUCACCGUCUACCAGCGCUGCAACCGCAAGGAGCUGCCUCCCCGAGCUGAGAUGCUGGUGCCCAGUAACCAUGGCUACUGGCUGCAGGAGGAGAUGUUCAGGAGAGCUGCUGAGAUGGACCCGGUGAACAAGGAAAUGCAGAAAAGAUGGACGAGAAGGGAACAGGCAGAUUUCUACCGCACUGUCUCCUCCUUCGGGGUCAUCUAUGACCAGGAGAAGAAGGCCUUUGACUGGACCCAGUUCCGAGCCAUUUCCCACUUGGAGAAGAAAACAGAUGAGAGCCUGGAGAAAUACUUCUACAGCUUUGUGGCCAUGUGCAGGAACGUCUGCCGUCUCCCCCUCUGGAAAGAGGAUGGUCCACCUGAUCCCAGUAUCUACGUUGAGCCAAUCACUGAGGAACGUGCUGCAAGAACGCUGUAUCGGAUUGAACUUCUAAGGAAGGUCCGGGAGCAAGUGCUCAAGUACCCGCAGCUCCAUGAGCGGCUCACGCUGUGCAGGCCCAGCCUGUACCUUCCUGUCUGGUGGGAGUGUGGCAAACAUGACCGGGACCUGCUGCUUGGCACAGCCAAGCACGGACUGAACCGCACUGACUACUACAUCAUGAAUGAUCCUGAACUGUCAUUUUUGGAUGCAUAUAGAAACUAUGCUCAGCACAAAAGAGCAGGUGUCCCAGGCCCAGAGAACCUGUGCUGCCUCCAUCAGAUGAACUCCAAACUCUACAGCUCCCCUUCAUACUGCCAGAUGGAAAGGACCUGUGAGUCCCUGGAGAACGACGCUGAGAGCCAGAUCAAGCUCGAAAACCUGGAGGAUGCGCUCUCCCGGGUGGAGGGCAGCCCUCAGGACACAAGCUGCGACCCGUUCCUGUCAACAGUGCGGGACAUCAUUUCCAUGAACUGUGAUGAGAGCUCCUUGCCGGACUCUCUGAUGUGCAUGAUGUAUGAGGAGAAGGCAUGCCCCAGUGAGCACAGCUCUCUCGCCCGUGACAGCCCCAGCUGCACACAUGUCAGCAACAGUGCUGCUAAAUUUGCUGAGGGCAAACUAGAUGGGGAUGAGGACCCAUCCAGCUGUGAGGCUGAGGCCAUCAGAGAGACCUCUUUCCUGGAGAGCUUGCAGAUAGGCUGUGACCACAUGGAUAGUCCCAAUGAAGCCAGGGAGCCUUGGCCCUCAGCCCCAGCCAGUCAGCCCUCCAGGAGUGUCCUCACCGAGAUCGAUGAUGCCUUGCACCGGGCCAGCCCAGGGCCUGGGUCGCCUGAGCUCACCAGUGCGGAGGGGGUGAUCAGCCUAGGCCUGUAUGGGCCCAGUCUCCAUAACUUGGAGAUAAAGAUCCCGCCAGAGCAGAGGUUCAUGAGCCUGUUACACGAAAAAGGCUUGGAGGAUAAAUCAGUGCCAAGUCAGAGCUACAGCGAGGAGGAGGAGGAGGAGGAGGAGGAGAAUUCUGAGAUGGCAGCAGAUGCUGUAGAAGGAUUGAGGGGCAUCCCAGAGGCCAGGAUUGAUGGGGACCGCAAAGCUAAUGUACUAGCGGGGGAGGAACCUGGUUCUAGCCUUCCUGCUCCCAAGAACACUUGCCCAGAAGUGAAUGGUGAGGCAGAGCUUUCAGGACAGGUGGCAUUCCAGUGUAACAGUGGGGCAGGGGAUGGGGAGGCCGACCACAAGAGCGCUGCAGAGCGCUUGUCAGACUGGCCCAAGAGCCUCCCCCCAGCACCCAGCCCAACUGUAGCUGCUCAGCCGAAGCUCCCGAAUGCUGGGCCUGCUAGCAUGGGAGGGGAGUGCUGGGAAGCUGGCUCUGCUGCGCAGAUGGGGGGCGGUGUGGCCUGGCACCUGGAAGGGCACAAGCCGAAGCAGGAAGACGACGAAUGUGAGAACAAAGACGAGGAAGAGAAAGAGGGCACUGGCCAGAGCCGAGAUUGUCCAGAGAAGUAUUUGGAAGAGGAGAGCAAGAGCUCUCCCUGUGCCCAGCCUGGAGAGAUGGAUAAGCUGCAGGAUGCCCGUGCGCCCACCAUCGCCCAGCUGCUGCAGGAGAAGACGCUCUACUCCUUUUCGGAGUGGCCCAAGGACCGAGUGAUCAUUAACCGCAUAGAUAAUAUCUGUCACACCAUCUUAAAGGGCAAGUGGCCCUCUUCUAGCCAGCAGUUUGAAACACAAACCCUGAUGCCCACAUCAAUGUUAGCCAGCAACACAGGCACUAGGAACAGCUUUGCCGAGCCAGAAGCCCCGGACCCCAGCUUCAACAAUGGAAUGUUAGUUGCACAGGUACAAAAGGAAAGCUUCCUGGCUCCUGCCUUUACGAAGGAUGAACAAAAGCACAGGCAGCCCUAUGAGUUUGAGCUGGAGAGAGAUGCCAAACCUAGAAGUCUUGAACAGUUAGCUGCAUCGCACUCCCGUCCGCCUGUAGUGCUGAACGGCUGGCGGGACUCGGCAGGGAACCUGGCCAGAGCAUCUGAUGGAUCCCCAGGAAACCCCUCUCCUUUCCCCUUGAACAGCAACCUGCCCAAGUUAGGGACGGUGCACUCCCUGCAGGGGUCCCUGGGCAUGGACUUGUCCGGCAUCCUCCAGGCAGGAUUAAUCCAUCCUGUCACAGGGCAGAUUGUCAAUGGAAGCCUCCGGAGAGAUGAUGCUGCCUUGAGGAGACGACGGGGCAGGAGAAAAAAUGUGGAAGGGAUGGACCUUAUCUUCUUGAAGGAGAGGAGCCUUCAAACUGGGCUGCAGGAUGUUCAGGAAGAUCAGACCCAGCCUGCACAGAGCAGCCCGCACCCAGACGGGCCAGUCACCGCUACCUCAACUCCGCAUACGGUCACAGCCACAAGUAUCCGGACAGAGAAGGCUGUUCCAAACAAGAGUCUCCUGGACUGGUUAAGACAGCAGUCGGACUACACACUCGAUGUCCCUGGCUUCAGCACAAGUUUUUCGGACAAGCCCAAGCAGAGGAGGCAGCGCUGCAAGGAUCCCAACAAACUGGACAUAAACUCACUCACAGGAGAGGAGCGGGUCCCUGUGGUCCAUAAGGGUACAGGACGGAGGUUAGGGGGAGCCAUGGCACCAGCAUUGAAGGAAUUGCCAAGGUGGCUUGAUGCAAACUUGGAGUAUGCUGUUGCAGCAGACUGGGCUGACAUUGUUAAGCUUUCAGGAUUCCUCCCAGAAAGCAAAUUCAAUCGUAUCCUAACUGAGCCUGUGCUCCGAGACAGCGGGCCCCGUCGAAGAGGGAGGAGGCCAAGAAGCGAACUUAUUAAAGCUCCUGAUGUUGUAUCGGAUUCUUCUUCUGGAAUGGGACCGUUAUUCAUGAAUGGACUUAUUGCUGGAAUGGAUCUAGUGGGACUUCAGAACAUGAGAAACAUGCAAGGCAUCCCUUUAACUGGGCUGGUUGGGUUUCCUGCUGGAUUUGCAGCAGUGCCUGCUGGUGAGGAUGUCAAAAGCACCCUAAGUAUGUUGCCCAUGAUGCUGCCAGGCAUGGCUACUGUACCGCAGAUGUUUGGUGUUGGAGGUCUUCUCAACCCACCAAUGACAACUACUUGUACUUCAACUGCUCCAGCUUCAUUAACAAGCACAACUAAAAGUGGUACAUCAAAUACAGAAAAGGCUACUGAGGACAAACAAAGUAGCCAGGAUGUGAAAAAUGAACCUCUGUCUGAAGACAAACCUGGUCCUAGUUCAUUUUCUGAUCAGACAGAAUCUGCAAUAACUACCAGUAGUCCUGUAGCUUUUAAUCCAUUUCUUAUCCCAGGAAUGUCCCCUGGACUGCUCUAUCCAUCUAUGUUUCUUUCCCCUGGUAUUGGCAUGACAUUGCCAGGCAUACAACAAACCAGACACUCUGAGGCAACAAAUCUAGAAAGCCAGAAGCGGAAGAGAAAGAAAGCUAAAGGAGAACCAACAAAUCCAGAACCAGAAACUGUCUCACUGUCUGAAAAAGAAGCUGCAAACAGUCAAAACUGUACAGAGCAAACCCAAUCUUUGUCAUCAGAGAAAGAACAUGACAUACAAGCAGAAGAGAAGGAGUUAAAAGAAAUUAACAAUACCAAUUAGAAUUUUUGUUUCAUUAAGAAAAAAGAUUGUGGCUUGUAAGUUUCUUAUCCCAUAAAUAUUUGUUACCCUCCUUGCCCCCUCUUCACCUUCAUAAAACCUGUGUUUCCAUGAGUAAUAUUAUCUACCUAAUUCCCUGUAAGAAAACUAUGGUGACAUAUUAUAUGUUAAUAGUUGCAGGGUCUUGCCACUUUAUUAGAUUAACAGUGUUGUCUAGUUAGUAUGGGAGGCACAGAAUUCUUCUUCUGUUAUCCAGUUGUUCAUCCCAACCAACAAUAGUAAAUCCAGCACUUGGUCACCCCCAAAAUUGCUCAUUUAUCUGGGGAAAAAGAAAAAAGCAGAACCAGAGCAAAAGAAAGUACUUUCAUCUCUUGAGCUCAAUGCAGACAAGGGUAUUACUUUUUACAGUAACACUGAAUGAAUAAAACUGUAUUUUGGGGUAAAAAGCACAGCUAUAGUAAGUGCUAAUGUGUAUUUUUGAUUUAAAGUAUUUCCCUAUUUUAUCAUGGUUACUAGAAUAGUAGUAUAGACAGACGUAUAUAAGUAAUGAUUGAAAAUGCAUAUAUUAAUUUCUUUUUAAAAAAAGCAUAACUGGUAGUGAUAUAAUUUCCUCCCCUUUCACUCCUCGGAGUUUUGGAGACAAACUGCAGUAAGUGAAAAGAUUACUUAGACUUUAUUUUAUAUUUUUUUAAAACCAAAGUUUUGUUUUACAUUUAGUGGACUUUCAGUUGCCUUUUCCUUGUUAGUUACAAGAACUUUUCCAGCUUGUGCUGAAAAGGUUUUGCACAUCCUGCAUGUCUUUCAUUGAGGUUCUUGUACCUAAAGCUACCAGUUACUUCACCGGUCUGCUAGUAUUCUGUUCUCAUCUAUGGCAUCAGAAGUCCUAAAGUGUUGUUUUUCCAGCAAUGAACAGGCCACUCAUACAAUGCUCUAAUAUGAAUACUGAGGCUUUUGAGUUUUUAAAUUUUUUUUUACAGUUCUCCUCCCCCCAUAAGUGACAUCUUUUCUGAAAACAAAAACAAAAUAAACAGAAAGCUGUUGGGCUGGCUUUACAAUUGUGAGUCCUUUGAGAAGGAUUGUUGAGGUUUUCAAAGCUUGUGUUUAUCUUCCUUUUCUAGGAUUAGACUGUGAAGAGAUUAUUUUUGCUUCUUCUUUCCAUUCCUCUUUCUUCUAUUUGCUGUUGAACAGUGUUUCCUAGCAGUACCGUUGGCAAAUAAUUCUAAGUAUGCGUUUUAAAUUAAUGGGUUUUUAAUGUGAUCAGUCCCCCAAACUCUGUGUCUUGAGACACCUCCACAGGUAAACUCCAUGUAGUCCUCUCUCCUCACUGCUCCUGUUUAGUUUUUCUUUCACUUGGGCUUGUUCUUAUUUGCAGCUCAUGGUUUGAGACUUGAAAUAAACACUUAGUGGUGCAGCAGUGAAAUGGCAGACUGUUUGAGGGAGCUGAAGUGUGCUAGUAAUCAGUUUUGCAUUUGAUUGUCACCAUUUACUGUAUUUUUUACUUAUUUUCUGUUACAGUUUUCCUAAUUUAUCAGAUGGUCCAAAUGUUUUGACAUAACUAUUUCAGUUUGCAUUAUUUAUUUAUGAUGCUUUGUGUCAUUGUCUUUUAUACAUUUGGGAUUAUAAAUUAUGUACAUGUUACAAUUAGCAUCUCAAAGAAGUCUGUUACCCAUGACCUAAAAAUUUAUAUUAUCAAGGAAUUUAGUCCCACUUUAUUGAAUUGGAUGCGAUUUAAAAAAAAAAUUAUGUAACUGAUCAUAAUGCAAAAAAAUCGGAUCAUUAAAUGUGUUCUAUUUAAUACCACCCUUGUAGCAUAGAUACUGUAUCAUUAUCGACAGAUUUCUUAGAAAUGCUGCUAUCUCUAUUUAACUAACAGUUUGUUCAGUUUUGCCUCCAGUGGAAGCAGAAAGGGUUUUUUCAGCUGUUAAAUCCAAAAUCAAUAUAAUUUAUUUAUGUAAAAAAAUCACUUGAUUGAUAUAUUUUUGAACCUUUUAAGUACUAACUUUCUUUUUACUUAGUAGAACAUGUACUUGCCCUAAAUCCUUAAAAUACAAAUGCUAUAAAACUUCAUAUAUCUUCAAAGCCUUACUGUGAAUGGGUAUAGAAAUCUCUGCAGAGUCCAUUUCUUAUAUGGGAUGGUUGUUUUUCCAGGGUUGCACUCAUAAGGAACAGGGUUCAAAGUGAAAUGUAUUUAACUAGCCAGCAUGUUCUUACUUAUCAAACAUGUAUGUUAAGUCUCUGGGUGUUUAGGCUUCUCUUUGGCUGCUAUUGUGUGACCCUUUUUGAAAUGAUAGAGAAACUCUGUGGAUUAUUUACAUUGUAAGGCAUAAGUGGCUUCUUAUUACUUUCCAUCAUCAUAUCCUAGAACAAAUACCCAGUUUUCACCACUUUCAUGGACACUCACACAAACAUACAUUUUCCACCAAAUGUGCUAAUAAAAUAAACUGUCUGUGCUCUUGAACAUGGAUAAAAAGAACAAGAUUUAAAAGUCAAAUUUUUAUUUUUUUAAUUUAGUGACUAGAUGAUGCUUAUCUUUCAAACUUGGCAGAGCCUUGCCACAGAUGUAUAUAAUUUUUUCAGCAAAUAUAUGUGAAUGUUUGAUUCA